AUGUAUUGGCAAUAUCUUGUUAGAUCGGCUUCAGAUAUUCCUAAUAUAAAUCUUAGUCCUGGUUUUGUUUCUGUAGAUGCCUUCAUUUUUGGUUACAUUGUCAGAUGCUCCAAGCGUUCUGACAAGGGUGUGUACAACAACGUGGACGUUGGCUUGAGCGUGGGUAUGGGCGUGGGUAUGGGCGUGCCCAUCAGUCGCACUUGGAACAAUGGCACACUCCUGGUGGGGGCAGCGACGGAGGAGGUGGAAGGCAGUUAUCUUUGUGAAGCCACGAACGGUGUGGGUGCUGGCCUGUCUGCUAUCAUCAAUCUCCAGGUGCACGCGCCCCCUGCGGUCUCCGGGGACGGGUCGGUGGAGGUCCGUCGUGGAGACAGCGUUAAGCUCCAGUGUGAGGCGAGGGGCGACGCCCCCAUCUCCCUCACCGUUGCCAAAGACGGCAAAUCCCUUGACACCAACGACUACAGGUACAGUGUUGAGGUGUCUGAGGAGGCUGGCGUGGAGGAUGGUAGCAGCAAAGUCCGGGCUGAGGUGAGGGUGACUAACGUAGCACCUGAUGACUCUGCUGUCAUCGCAUGCACCGCUACGAACACCUACGGCAGCCACACACAUCACAUGCAACUCAAGGUCCAAGACGUGCCGGACGCUCCUCGUGACCUGCGGGUGACCCGGGAAGGCAGCAGGUCAACCACAGUGACCUGGGCACCCCCACCCUCUCCCAACACACCCAUUAUACAUUAUAUAAUCCACCUGAAGACGCAUACAGUCAUGCAAGGAUCACGCAAAAUGAAAGUUAUACAGGCAAAGCAUAUUAGAUUAUGUAUUGUUUUGUUGGCUGGGGACAGUGUACAAGCUCUAUUGUUAGCCAUGAGUUUGCAUCCACAAGAGUUAGAAACAGAAAUCUGCAAUCUUACGAUAAGGCUGGAAAAUAUUAGGGACGUACGAGUGGUGGCUGUCAACAGCGUGGGAGAAUCUCCUUCGUCAGAGCCCCUGACGCUGCGUACUGAGGGUGAAGCUCCCAGUGCAGCUCCCAUCAACGUGAGGGCGGUGGGUGUGAGUCCUCAGGAGGUACAGGUCUCCUGGACACCACCAGAUCAAGAUUCUUGGAACGGUCAGCUUCUCGGAUACUACGUCGGGCACCGACUUGAUGGAGCGAUGACUCAAGGACGAUCAUUCAGCUUCACUAGCGUGGGAGUGACGGGGGCUGGACAGGAAUCCUGGACGGUGGUUGGUUUGCAGAGCUUCACCAGAUAUAUCUUCGUCCUGCAAGCCUUCAAUGCUAAAGGUCCGGGUCCUCUCUCCACCGAGGUCUUUGCUACCACUCUAGAGGACGUACCAGAGGCACCACCAGAGGAGGUGUCAUGUGUGGCACUGACCUCCACCCGUGUGCAGGUGUCAUGGUCCCCACCACCACCUGCACUCACCAACGGUCGAAUCACCACCUACACCCUGACCUAUACACCCAUGGACGACCACACAGGUCUGCCGGCGGGGGAAUCACGUAUUGUGACCGGUCAGAGUGCCACUGUAGGAGACCUGGAGAGAUACACCAACUACUCUGUUACAGUGGCUGCCUCCACCAGUGCUGGCGUGGGGGUCGCCUCUCAACCCAUCAACUGUGCUACGGAGGAGGAUGUGCCACAAGCGCCAGCAGGAAUCAAAGUGGUGGUGGGUGGAGGAGAGAGUGUGAUGGUAGCCUGGGCACCCCCGCAGCGCUCUCAUGGCACCAUUACUAAGUAUGUUCUGUAUGUCAGGGCACCACCUGACCGCCACGCUACCAGGAGAAUAUUGCCACCCCAGACAAGGUGGCUGGAGGUGACGGAGCUCAAGACAGGUCACCGCUACGAGAUGUGGGUGUCUGCUGCUACCAGAGUGGGUGAGGGGCCGCACUCAGCUGUGGUCUCUGCCACACCGUCACUCACAGGUACGUCACAAGGCCACACCAUCACUCACAGGUACAUCAGCAGGAACACCUCGUCACACACAGAUAUGUCACCAUUGCCACACCGUCACAGGUACAUCACCAGGGCCACACCGUCGCUUGCAGGUUCAUCUCUAAGGCCACACCGUCACUCGCAAGCAUUAUCAGCCUAAGUUCGAUACACAGAACUUGAAUAUCAAGCCAGCAGGUGUG